UUAAUUUCAAAGUUUGAAAGCACUCAGCAUGGAUUUUUUUAUGAAGUAACAAACACAAACUUUUAUUUUUGCAAUUAUGACUCUCAUACUACUUGGUAAAAUAGAUUAAAAAUAAAAGCAAUUGAAUCACAAAAGUUUCAGAAAACAAUCAUAAAUUCAGGUUUAUUUGUGAUUUUUUUUCAUCCUUCUCCCUUCCACGUUAUAAUUAAUCUUUUUCCCCCUCAGGAUGGGCAGCCGCAUCCAUGUCUAUCCCAAUGGGUCCUUGCUUAUUGGGGCCGUCACUGAAAAAGAUGCAGGUGAUUAUCUGUGUGUGGCCAGAAACAAAAUGGGCGAUGACCUGAUUCUGAUGAAAGUUAGCCUGAGGAUGAAACCGGCCAAAAUCGACCACAAGCAGCAUUUUAAGAAGCAAGUGCUGCACGGCAAGGACUUCCAAGUUGACUGCAAAGCUUCUGGCUCCCCUGUGCCAGAGAUAUCUUGGAGUUUGCCAGAUGGAACAAUGAUAAACAACAUUAUGCAAGCAGACGAUAGCAGGCGCCGGUCGCGGCGAUACAUCCUUUUUGAUAACGGUACUCUGUAUUUCAACAAGGUUGGGAUUGCAGAGGAAGGAGAUUAUACCUGUUAUGCACAGAACACGCUAGGAAAAGAUGAAAUGAAGGUUCACCUGACAGUUGUUACAGCUGCCCCUCGGAUAAGACAGAGCCACAAGACAUACGUUAGGGUGACUGCUGGAGAAACCGCACUCCUUGUUUGUGAAGUCAUCGGGGAGCCCAAACCCCAAAUUUUUUGGUUGCUCCCUUCCAAUGAUAUAAUUUCAUCUUCCACCGACAGGUACAUGUUGCAUGACAAUGGAUCGUUAUCUAUUGGCAAAGUCAAGUUGCUAGAUUCUGGAGAGUACAUGUGUGUUGCACGAAAUCCAAGUGGGGAUGACACAAGACUGUAUAGAUUGGAUGUAGUCUCCAAGCUACCCCUGAUCAAUGGCCUAUAUUCCAACAAAACGGUCAUCAAAGCAACAGCCAUUCAGCACUCCAAGAAAUACCUGGACUGCCGAGCAGAAGGGACACCUCCGCCAGAAAUAAUGUGGAUUAUGCCCGACAACAUUUUCCUCACUGCGCCAUACUAUGGAAGCAGGAUUACCGUAUAUAAGAAUGGCACCUUAGAAAUAAGAAAUGUAAGGCUCACUGACUCUGCAGAAUUGAUCUGCAUUGCUCGGAAUGAUGGUGGAGAGAGCGUCUUGGUGGUGCAGUUGAAGGUAUUAGAAAUGCUACGACGACCAACGUUCAGAAAUCCAUUUAAUGAGAAAGUUGUGGCUCAUCCCGGGAAGCCUUUGGCGCUGAAUUGUUCUGUUGAUGGAAAUCCACCCCCAGAAAUCAUUUGGCUUUUACCUAAUGGCACACGAUUUUCCAGUGGAAGCUCAAAUUCCCAUUAUCAAUUAAGAAGAAACGGUUCUUUGAUUAUCAUUAAGCCAACUAGGGAUGAUGCCGGGAAAUACCGUUGCACUGCGAGAAAUAAAGUUGGCUACAUUGAAAAACUAAUUAUUUUGGAAAUUGGUCAGAAACCCGUUAUUCUUACGUAUGUGCAGGGGACAAUCAAGAGCAUCACUGGGGAAUCUGUAUCCCUUCAUUGUAUGUCUGAUGGAAACCCUAAACCAAAUAUCGUCUGGACAGUGCCCAGUGGUUAUGUGAUAGACAAGCCUCAAAUGAAUGGAAAAUACACGUUACAUGAAAACGGCACCUUAGUCAUCAGCAGAGCCGCUCCUCAAGACAGAGGAAGCUAUGCAUGUAAAGCUCGGAACAGCAUUGGUGAAGCAGCCAUCACCAUUCCACUGAUGAUUGUGGCGUACCCACCCCGGAUUACCAAUCGGCCCCCGAGGAACGUGCGCACGUUGACUGGAGCAGCCAUUCAGCUCCACUGCAUGGCUCUGGGGAUACCCAAACCAGAAGUCACCUGGGAAAUGCCCGAUCACUCGGUGCUUUCCGCAGCAAGCAAAGUCAGGUCCACUAGGAGUGAACUCCUUCACCCACAAGGCACACUCAUUCUUCAGAACCCCAAGACUUCAGAUUCAGGGAUGUAUACUUGCACAGCAAAGAAUCAGCUUGGGAGUGAUUAUGCAACAACUUAUGUUCAAGUGAUUUGAAAUAAGUAACCAUUCGAACAGCUGUUAACAGAGUCAACAUAUGGACAGAGUCUAUUUUGGGAAGAAGUUUAAUCAAAGGCAGCCAUAGGCAUGUAAAUGAUUUUAAAUACAUUUACAGUAUUAAAUUUACAAUGGACAUGCAAAAAAAAAAAAAAACUUUGAAAAAAAUCUUGCAUGAUGAACUCCUACUGAUUUCUUCAAAGACCAAAUGGGUUGCAAAACAAACUUUAACUUAAGGCACUUUUAUUUUGCCAACAAAUAAUAAUGACCAAUAAAACUAUUUUCCCACAAAAUAAGAAA